AUGGGGAAGGACGACAUUGAAGGUGAAGUCGUCCUCCCUCAGACCGUGAAUGAACCAUUCAUAAUAGUGAAUGAACCAUUCAUAAUAGCCACACAUAGACAGAUGAGCAUUCUUCAUCCCGUAUACAAGCUCUUAAAGCCACACUUCACUAUGCAUAUUAAUGCCUUGGCUCGACACACACUCAUCAAUGCUGGAGGGGUGUCAAAUGUUGGAGGGCUGUUAGAGAAAACAGUUUUCCCUAGCAAAUUUUCCAUGGAAAUGUCAGCUGUUAUAUACAGAAGUUGGGUUUUUUCCGAGCAGGCACUACCUACUGAUUUGCUUAAGAGGGAAAUGGCAGUUCCAGAUUCUAGUUAUCUUUAUGGACUUAAGCUUGUGAUAAAGGACUACCCAUAUGCUAUGGAUAGGUUACAAAUUUGGGAAGCAAUUGAAACUUGGGUGACUGAAUAUCGUAACUUCUAUUACUCGUCGAGUGAGAUGGUUGAGGAAAAUGACUUAAAAAGUGAAAUCAGCAUCCUCAAGGACGACUUCAUCCUCAUAUUUCCAGAAAUCGUCCUUUUGACCGAGGACUUUGUUUAA